AGGACACCGAAGGACGGGGCUCUGAAGACGCGCGCGAAAGGGAGGCCCUAGCUAGGCUCGGGGCGCCCCGAGAGGAUGCUGGAAGCUGGUUGGGGAGGGGGAAGGCGUUCGCUCGGAGAUUCCCUGACUUGGCGGCGGAGCUGCAGCCCGAGCCGAGCGGGCGGAGGCGGAGGAGGGGAGCGGAGCCAGGCAGCGCGCCUCCCUCUCCCGCCUCCCCGAGCCCGCGGCUCCUGCAGCCCGGCAGCGGCUCCUGCAGCAUGUUGGGCAGGGUGCGCUCCGCGAUGGCGCAACUCGUCGGGGGCCUGGGGGGCGGAGGAAGCCCCUCGAGCCCGCCGUCCGUCUCGGCCUCCUCCGGUUCGGCGGCGGCGGCGCCUCCGCCCCCUCCGCCGCCCGCUGCCCCCGGGCCCAGCGCCAGCGCCACCGCCGCCAGCACCGGUCCCUGCCGGGAACCGCCCCGAAGCAGCUUCUCCAGACCGGCUUUCCUACAGCUCACGCCCGAGGAGCUUCUGCGGGCGGAUGAUCACACGGGCCGAGCCGUCCAGAGCCCCCGCGAGAGCCGCCGCCGCCUGCCUUGGAGCACCGGCUACGCCGAGGUGAUAAAUGCUGGCAAGAGCCAACACAACGAGGAUCAAGCAUGCUGUGAGGCAGUGUAUGUGGAAAAGAGACGGGCUGUGAGGAAUAACCCAGCCCCCAAGGAAACCUCUGGAGAUCUAGAAGGGGGCACCAAAGGCCUGACUUUUUACUACUGGGGCUUGUUUGAUGGGCAUGCUGGAAGCGGAGCUGCAGUCAUGGCAUCCAAGCUGCUUCACUUCCAAAUCCGUGACCAACUCCGAGACUUGGUGGACAUCUUACAAGACUCAUCCCUUCCUCCAAUCUGCCUGGAAGAUGGUCAGGACAGUUCUAGGAGAACCAACAGGGUUCCUCUGGCUGAGGAAGAUGCUGAGGUCCCAAACAAUGCCCUGCCACGCUUCCAUAUGGAAAAGGCCGUUUCCCAUGAGAGUUUGGUGGUGGGAGCUAUUGAGAAUGCAUUCAAGCAGAUGGACAUUCAGAUCGAGCAGGAACGGGUGGCUCGGCAUGCAUCAGGAGGCUGCUGCGCCCUGGCUGCGGUUUAUCUCCUGGGGAAGUUCUACGUGGCCAAUGCAGGUGACAGUAGGGCCAUUAUCAUCCGUAAUGGGGAAAUCAUUCCAAUGUCCAGGGAGUUUACUCCAGAGACAGAGAGGCAAAGGCUGCAGUUUUUAGGCUUUUUGAGACCUGAGCUGCUGGGGAAUGAGUUCACUCACCUCGAGUUCCCUCGAAGAAUCCAGCAUAAGGAAGUGGGGAAAAAGAUGCUGUACAGGGACCAAAACAUGAAUGGCUGGGCAUAUAAAAGGAUAGAAGAAGAUGACCUGAAGUUUCCACUUGUUUACGGAGAGGGUAAAAAGGCUCGAAUGAUGGCAACUAUUGGGGUGACGCGGGGUUUGGGUGAUCAUGAUCUCAAGGUGUACAGCUCCAACAUCCACAUCAAACCUUUCCUGUCCUGCACCCCAGAGGUUCGCGUUUAUGACCUCACACAGUAUGAGCACUGCCCUGACGAUGUGCUGGUGCUGGGCACAGAUGGCCUCUGGGAUGUCACCAAUGACCGAGAGGUUGCCAAUGUGGUAUUUGAUGUCCUAAUGGGCUAUGAGCCCAAUGACCCUUGCAGGUACACAAUGGUGGCCCAGGAGUUGGUGGUGAGGUCCAGAGGGGUUCUGAAGGAACGUGGCUGGAGGCUGGCCAAUGACAAGCUGGGCUCUGGAGAUGAUAUCUCUGUCUUUGUUAUUCCCCUUGGUGGUCCAGGAAACUACACCUGAACCUCAGGUCCCAGGGACACAGGGGUCAUGAUUCUAGACUUUACAAAGGAGAAGAAAAGCCGAGGGAAAGAACCACCAUCUUGCAGCAGAACUGGAGGCUGUAGAUUCUCCCUACACCUGGAACAUUCAUAAUGAUGGAGUCUUCCGAAGAGGAUUGGGGGUGGGGGAAUGUAUGACUGCACCUUGGGUCCUUGUCCCACUCUGUCUCAGCUUGCUGGGUUCCAGCUAGGGACACAAAGACGUAGCCCUGGUCCACACUUCUGUUAACGGCAAGAAGGUCAAGGCAGAGCCGUUCCUCUCAGGAUUUACACCCAUCGGCCCUGGAGACCUGUAGGAAAUCUUGCAUUCCAAGGGCUGCAUUAAAUUUGGGCUUUUGGUCACAUGGAAAUGUCCUCUAAAUUGGGCAGCAGCACUGGAGUCUCCCCGCAGCGUUUAGCCAUUUUGUGUGUUCUUAUUCCGUCUGUCCCGUGGUUGCAAAGGGGCAGCUGAAUUUUGCUUUGCAGAUGCCAAGGACACCUCACCGUCACGACAGUUAUACCUAAUUGCCUAGAACAUCCCUUCCCUUCUUGCUAAAGGGAGCACCAAGCAAGUACGGCUAAUUGGUUUGUUAUCAUUCCCCUGGCUUGCCAUAAGGCGGCCCCUGAAGCUUUCACUCCAAACCACUUGUUGCAUAGUACAGGGGGAUGCAUCCAUAGGGGUUUCUUACACUAAUUAUGGAUAUUGCUGUAACUCGGCCAAGUUGGUUGCUUCUUCAUGAAUGCAUCUCCAAAUGGCAAUGAAGGAAAGGUGCGAAAAUAUUCCUGCUGUAGAAAAUGUCCCUGGGGAAAAUCAGCUGUGCUUCACUUUCACCAGAUGGGGGUGCACUUAGAAGAACAGACAGAAAAAAAUGACUGUGAUGAGACAUCUCUAGUUGGUUUAAACAACUGACCCUUAAAUAUCAAGAUACAGAAAUCUAUUGCAGCAUAGGGAGGUACCCCAUCCCAGACUUACUCUACCUCUGAAGCCUGAAGCAUUGAGUUCUUUGUUCAAUGAAUAAGAAGCCUUCAAAAUUUGUGAUGGGGAAGAAAUGGAUUCAUUUUUUCCCAUGGAACUGUCAUUUUCCACUAGCUGUGCUGUGCAAAAGCAAGACCAUCCCUGGCCAGGGGAACUUGUACCUUAAAUUUGCCCUUGUACUCUAUCUAGCUGUGAGUUAACUGAGUUUUAAGAAUAAAAUAAUUUCAGGCUUCACGAAAAUACCUGCCACCUCUUAAGCGCAGACAAUAUACAGUGGGACUUAUUUCUGAGUAGACACGUGCAGGAUCAUUCUGUUGGGCUGCAGCCCUAUGCACAAUUACUUAGAAGUAAGCCCCUUGGAACUCAGCGGGACUUCUGAGUAAAUGUGCUGUUAUACAGUUUCUAUUAUGUAAAGGCAGAUCCUGGAAGGUUGGAUCUCUUAGUAGAGUGUGGCAUUAGUACCUCAGAAAAGAUUAAAGAACCAACUGAAAAACUGCAACUAUUAAGUUGCCAUCAUUAAGUAAAAGCUGGCUAAGGUUCUUUCUUGCUGGAAAGCAUUUUGGUAUUGCCUGAUUGUCGUGCCGUCACUUUCUGGUGAUUGUGAUGUGUACCAGUGAGAGAUGAGUCAAGUGAACGCUUCUCUUGGGAACCAGAGGGGAGGGGUGGGUUUUUAAUUCAAGAAGAAAAAGAAGAAAGUUGUAUCCAGAUCAACACUGUAUGCUAAAGAAUCAUAGGGUUGGAAGGGACCAUGAGGAUCAU